AUGGAACAGGGUGCGGCGAAGGAACUCACAGUCUCGACGCCUUGGGCUCUGGGGUUGACAACAGUGGACGAAACCAUUUCACAGGCGGCAACGGUGCACACCUGGUACCUUGGACGAUCUAGUAGUAAUAUAGGAAAUAGAUUCUGGGUGCACCUCUCUACGGCGCUUGUGCCCCUCGGCCACACGCUUUGA